GCGACGGAUCGACGGUCGGACCGCCUCCUGAGGACGGCGGUCGCCUGCGGCCGGAGGAGAGCUGGUGGGGCACGAGGGGCGUCUCGUGGUGCCGCUGGGUAACCGAAACCCUGACCUAGAGCAGGGUGAUGCUGUGAGGACGACAGCCGAGGUGUAGGGCGCUGAGUGAAGUGAACGCAGUGCUUGCAGUGAAGCGCAGUGAGGUCCGGUGAGUCGGAUCGGAGUGCCGCGCGCAGCGGGUGGGCACAGCGGCGGGGACGUGGCGCGCCAGCGGAGGCGGCAGUGGCGGGGCUGAGGAGGUGACGGUGCGGGGACGCGCGCUCGGUGAGACUGCUGUAGUGCUGCUGAUCCGCUCCAGCCGCUGAGUUCAGAAAGCUGAGCCGGCCAGCAGACGCCAUGGAGAGGCUGACGACACACGUCUCCGAGGUCUGGUACAAGCUGGCCAGGAAGAGGCCCAUGGAGGAGGACAGCAUGCAGACACCUCUCAAGCGAUGCCUCACGACAUUCGACAUCACUCUUUUAGGUGUCGGCCACAUGGUGGGCGCCGGCAUCUACGUGCUGACAGGUCCCGUGACGCGCGAUAUCGCCGGUCCGGCCAUCAUCGUCUCCUUCCUGAUCGCCGGCGCCGUCAGCUUCCUGUCCGCCCUCUGCUUCGCCGAGUUCGCCUCGCGCGUGCCCAAGGCCGGCAGCACCUACGUCUACACGUACAUUACCAUGGGCGAGUUCUGGGCCUUCCUCGUCGGCUGGAACAUGGUGCUCGACCAGCUGGUCGGUGCCGCGUCCGUGGCACGUGCCUGGAGCGGGUACGUGGACAGCCUGGCGCAUGGCGCCAUCAGGAACGCCACGACGGGUGGCGCCUCGGGCACCACGGACCACUCCGCGUGGGCUGAGCAGCUCGACUUCCUGGCUGCUGGUGUCGUCUUGCUGUUCGCCCUGCUGCAGGCCAUCGGGGUCAGGGGGUCAACGAACAUCAACAGCCUGUUCUCGCUGGUAAACGUGGCCGUCAUGCUAUUCGUCUCGACGUAUGGCCUGGCGUUCGCCAACUUCUCCAACUGGAACGACUUCAUGCCGUUCGGCGUCUCGGGUGUGCUGUCGGGGGCCAGCAGCUGCUUCUUCGCGUACGUCGGGCUCGACAGCAUGGCCAUCGCCGCUGAGGAGGCCAAGGAUCCUGGUUACUCAGUGCCGCGGGCGACCUUCUACGCCAUGGGCGUCGUCACGGUGGGAUACCUGCUGGUCACCACGACCCUGACGCUCAUGGUCCCCUACAACUUGGUGAACGUGGAUGCCGCCCUCGCUGAAGCCUUCGCAUUUCACGGGGUGGAGUGGGCUCAGUACCUGGUGUCGGUGGCGGCUCUGGUUGGGAUGAGCAGCGUGCUGUACGGCCACAUGUACACCGUACCUCGGUACUUGUACAACAUGGCAUCAGACGGUCUCAUCUUCCGAGUGUUCUCCAAAGUCAGCAAGCGGACGCAGGUGCCGGUGCUGAACACGUUCGUGCUGGGCGGCGUGUCAGCGCUCCUGGCGUUGGUGCUCGACAUCAGCAGUCUGGUGGAGUUCCUCUCGAUGGGAACGCUGGUCGGCUACAGCAUGGUGGCCAUGGCUGUGCUCAUGCUGCGCUACCGGCCAACCCUGCUCAACAGCGACGGCACGGAGACGACCGACUGCAUCGGUGGAGAGCUGCGAGAGAGCUGCCACUUCCUGGACCCGUUCGUCGCACCGCUGCCGUACGGAGCCGUGCCCACUGGCGCCAUCUAUACGUUCACGGCGGCCACCUUUCUGCUCAGCUAUCUGAUCGCCCGCACGGAGGACAGGGGCAGCGUCGUGGUUGUCAUCAUGAUCCUUUUCUUCGCCACGAUCAUCACGUGCUGCGGCGCCGCGCUGCUGGCGUUCGAGCAGACCGAGCCGUGCACGUUCGCCGUGCCGUUCUGUCCUGUCGUGCCCCUCUGCUCCAUCGGCUUCAACAUGGUGCUGCUCAGCUACCUGCAGCCGGGCACCUGGCUGAGGUUCCUCUUCUGGAUGAUGGCUGGGCUGAUCAUCUACUUCUGCUACGGGAUCCGACAUAGCAACGCGGACGAGUCGUGGAAGAAGCAGCCCCUCUCGGAGCAGGAGCACGAGCCGCAGUGGUACGGCUCGGCACAGGCCGGCGCCGGGCCGCAAGCCAUCUCGCCACCGCCGACCGCGCCAGGGUGGGAGCAAAACGGCCAUCCUCGUCCUCUGGAUAGGGACGACAGCCUGGAAACCUCGACCAACGACCCCUGGCGGAGUGCGAGUCCGCUGGAGAGUGAGCCGGAAAUGGAGGUCUUCCGUAGAAGGGACGAGCCGGAAGUGGAAAACGUCUGGCUGAGAGGGCAGCCGGAAGUGGAGAACGUUCGGAGAAGUCGGGAGCCUGAAGUGGAGAACUUUCAGGGAAGAGGGGAACCUGAAGCGGAAAACCUCCGGGACAGAGGGUUACCGGAUGUUGAGAACGUCCGAGACAGAGGAUUGCCGGAAGCUGAGAACGUCCGGGGAAGAGGAGAGACCGAGGCACGGCCGGGACUUCGCCGUCAGAGCUCGGCGGAGACCGACAGUCUUCCGAGCCUUACGUACGACGAGGUGUACCGUACCGCGUACUGAUGUGAUGAGGUGUACCGUGCCGCGUACUGAUGUGACGAGGUAUUCCGUGCCGCGUGCUGCUGUAGCGAGGUGAGCCGUACUGCGUGCCGAUAUGAUGAGGUGUACCGUACCGCGUACUGAUGUGACGAGAUGUACCGUACCGCCCACUAUGUGACAAGCCUCACAUGUGACGACAUGCACCGGAACGGUGACUGCUGAUCACAGACCUCAGAUGACGGAGUGUCACGCACUGCGCACUCACUCCCCCGAGGUUUAUCUUUGACCUGGGACGCCACGCCGCGUACUGGUUCACCCGAGCCCAACGAGCGAACUGUGGUACUCUUAGUACGGACUACUGACUAGCCCAGGUACUGCACCUCAUUUGGGGAAAAGUCGGAUCAUGUUUUGACAUACUCUCAAGCUUUAUAAACGUGCGGGACAACACCAGCAAAGCCAGGGGGCUUUGGUCCAUUAUGCCGUUUCACGCUACGAACAACACUAUUUCUUGUUGCUUGAAGUGGCAGCCUGGCAGGGCAUUCAGUAUUGCGCUCCUGUCGGGCCACCAGCGGAUCGCGGGACUGUUGUGUCACACUUGGCCGCCCCGCCCCUGGCCACUGUCACGUGACGGCCAGCCGAUCGGCAGGGCGCGCCGAGUUCCCGGCGCGCCCGGCGAAUCCCCCUUGUCCCCUUCUAUGUUAUGCCCCCUCUAUUGCUAUCUGCCCCCUAAUCCCCUUCCACUGCUAUCGUCAAACCCAUUGUCAGGACCUUGCUAUGGGUCAAUCGGUGGUGUAUUGGGCUCGGCUGCAUUCAGUUUCAACAGCUAGGCACGGCAGAGCCCUCAGCCUCCUUUAAAAAUCAUUGUCAACACCACACAGAAUAUAAAUGUUUCUUCAUAAAUUUCAUGGAAAGAUUCCGACUGACUGAGCUCAGCCCCCUCCUCAUGAGUGUAGUUCCGUAGUAAGUUGAGUGGGGCUCCAGCCCCCCUCCCCGCAACAUUGAGAAGAAAGCGGGCCAAAUCAGGUGAGAAACCAGUUUGCUGGGUAUGUUUGAGAUGGGUUUCGUAAUCUUUUCUGCUCAGCCUCCCCCCAACUUAUUGGACGAAACUACGACCGUAGCCUGGACUAUUGCAGGCUUAAGCCAGGUCAGCCACGUCACCCUGCAGGCAUGCACCCACAUAGAAGGAGGUCUUGCUGUGCCGUCACACCGCGCACCAGCAUAGCCUGGGUCAUGUCGGGAUAGUAUUAUUUGUCAGGAAUGUACGUGGGGCUAGGUCCGAAAUACACGAAAAUAAGGACACAAAACUCGCGAAAUGUUGCCAGGUUUAUCAGCAUCUUCGGUAACCAUUACCUUGGUUAGGUAGCGCUUACCGACAAUGACAGCAAACGCUACCUGCCUUAGUUUCACGUUUGUUCCGUCACCGCUUGCUUAUAUGUCAUUUCACGUUUGCGAUAUUUCUUGAUUUGGUCUCAUGGUAUCAACUAAUUCGAAAACAUAAUGUGGCAAGGAGACACGUGAUGAAGGAACACAAGCGUUCCGUAUCAGAAUUCACCUGCUAUUCUGAAACGCGUGUCAACAAAAGGCGUGUUCCGCUCCUGGCCAUCUUAGCCUCCGUGCGUUUCAGAUUCGGCACCAAAUCAGGCUCCUGUCUCAUAAUACUGAUGUGAAAAGUGACCUUGGAAAAUUGUUGAUCUGCAGACAUAUUUGGAAUAGGCAUUUUCAAAAAUCGCGACAGAGGGAUGACCAUAGAUGUUUGGGUAUUAGUCCAACCAGACGAAACUGAUAGCCAUCCUUUAGACCCCGUGACAGCUGUGACAAGUGCAUUUUUGGUCGCGGACUUUAUUUGGUCUCUUAUUGUGUUGGUUAUCAUGUAAGUAGAUGGAACAAAAUACAGAUG